AUGCUCAACUCCGCGGCCAAGCUCCUGGAGCGACUGUUGCUGACGAGACUCAACCUGCACCUCGACUCGACCGGACAAAGGUCCGAGAACCAGUACGGGUUUCGGCAAGGACGAUCCACCGACGACGCAAUCGAUCGCGUAAUCAGCGCAGCCCGGGGAGCCGCAUCGGGCGCAGUCCAACACCGCGACCUGUGCGUAGUCGUAUCCCUCGACGUGCGCAAUGCGUUCAACACCGCCCCGUGGCCUCGGAUCGACGCCGCUCUCCGCGAAAGGCUGGUCCCAUCCCACCUGAACCGCAUGAUACGAUCCUAUCUGGAGAACAGGACCCUCCUCGUCGGAGAGGCACAAACAGCGAGGAGCGUUACGUGCGGGGUCCCACAGGGUUCGGUACUCGGUCCUGCCUUAUGGAACGUGUUCUACGAAGAACUACUUGACACCGACAUGCAACCCGGAGUUCAACUGGUGGCAUUCGCCGACGACGUGGCCGUCAUCGGAACCUCUCGGACCGGAGCAUCCGCAGCAGAACUGUUGAACCCAGCGCUGAGCACCGUCUCGAAUUGGAUGCGCGAAAACGGUCUCACGAUAGCUCCCCAAAAGUCUGAGGCCGUCGUUCUGACCAGGAAAUACAAAUUCGACGACCCCCAACUGUACGUGGAGGGACACGCCAUACCGGUGAAGCCAGUCAUUCGAUAUCUGGGGGUGGAGUUGGACACCCGCCUGUCGUUCACGGCACACAUAGCCACAGCGUCGAGAAAGGCCUCGGAUUCGGCUAAAGCCAUCGGACGUCUGAUGCCCAACGUAGGGGGCCCGACCCAGGCAAAACGGGCUCUGCUGGGGUCUGUGACCAACAGCAAGCUGCUCUACGCGUCCCCAACCUGGGCCAAAGCCGGCAUCAAGACAGCGAAAAAUCGAAACGAGAUGGCCAGGGCGCAGAGGACCACGGCACUCCGCACCAUCAGAGGCUACCGAACGAUCUCCGCCGACGCGUCCUCCGUACUGUCGUGCAUGCUGCCGGCCGACCUCCUCGCCCACGAACGGGCAAGAGUCAAGACCCGUCUAGAAGAUGAGGGAGAAUUAACAUCGACCUCCACUAUAAGGAAAGGAGAAAGAGCAAUCUCUACAUCGUCUUGGCAAUCCAGAUGGGAUCGGGCCGCAGCCGGUCCUGACGCAGUCGGACGCAGAUGGACCCACCGGCUUCUGCCCGACAUCGCACGCUGGAUUGCGAAGCCUGCUAUGAGCCUCACAUACCGCAUGACGCAGGCCCUGUCUGCACACGGUUGUUUCCGCAGCUACCUGCUAAGAUUCAAACGUGCCGUGGACAGCUACUGCGUGUAUUGCAUGAACCCCGAAGACACGGCAGAGCACACCCUCUUCGCUUGCCCCAGGUGGGAGGACGAGCGUGCUGUCCUGACCAGGAUCUUAAGACGCCCACCAGAGCCCGGGGACGUUCAGGAACUCCUGUGUGGACCUAGGGCCGACGAACUACCUGACGAUCUGACAGCCCGGUCAAGGAUCGUAGAACAGGCAAAGACCAACAGACGUGAGUUUAUGGCGAUGGUGGAAAAAAUCAUGUGCUCCAAAGAAGAUGAUGAAAGGGAGGAACAGUUGUACGACUGA